UGGAUACAUGUAAUCUAUAUAUGCAAAAGACAUACAUGUAUGUAUGUACAUUUGCAUGCAUGCAUGCAUGUAUCCAGAAGGCAGACAAAGAUCAGAGAGGAAGACUCCAUCAGCAUCAGGCCUAGAAAGGGGAUUCUGAAUAUUUGUGGAAAGCUUUGCCUUCACUUCUCCCUCAGUCCCACCUAACUUUUCAGUGUCCCAGUGGAGAAAGCUGAUUUCCAGCUCACGAUUAGCCAUUGAUUCUCUCCCAUAGCUUGGAAUUACACUGUUUACUUCUUCCUUCCCAAACUACUAGCUCUAUUUAGAGCUAGGAUCUUACUUUCCCCAAUUAACCUACACUACCUCCCUGCUUAGGCACAGGCAGCUCAAACCAGCCUCCUGCUCCCUCCCACCAGAACUCCCAGCUAGUUUCAAUCAAGUUUGGCUCUGAUUUCCCUGAAUGGAUUAUUCAAUGUUCCAGGGGAUUCAAACAUUCCACCCCAGUCCUAUUGAGGGUGUGUAUGUGUAUGCACAAGAAGGGUGCUUUCUCUGCCCUUCAGGGAGAAGGAAUGUGCCCCUUUCCAGAGAGUGUGUAUACACACACUCACUCACACCCACACAUAACCAAAGCUCCUAUUCUAAAGAAUGAACAGCCUUCGUACUGAAGAAUAUAGAUUUGGUUGUGGUAGGACGGUUUGGUAGAGAUGAAUUAUAAAACUGGUAGCUUUGAAGUCAUAGACUAGACUAAGAAGAAAUAAAAAGAGGAAAGUGGGAGUGGGUAGCACUUUGAAGAAAGAAUACUUAGUUGCCAACAAGAACAGAGCAGUGGAUAGCUGCAAUUCAGAGGUUUAAUUUGAUUUCUUCUUAUUCUUCCCCCUUCCGCUGCCUUUCCCUCUCCUCCUCAAUCCCUUAAUGAGGGGGGGGGCUUAAUUUGGGGGGAGAGAAGAUCUUUCACUCUCGCCCCCCCAAGCUCUAGAAGCGAAAGGAAUAAGCCUGAGUCUCCCUGCUCUAGUCUCUUCCCCUCUCUCAGCUCCUCUCUUCCCUUUCUCCUUCCCAUUCCCUUAAUUGCAGAUGUUCUAAUUAAACCCUCAAAUAGUUGUUAUGCUGUUUUAAAAGGUACUAAUUCAAGUGUCAACCAGGCCGGGAGGGGAGGGGAGGCAGCGGUAGUGGCAGUGGCAGCGCAGGGUGGCGAAUUAAAGGUAGAUUGACUAAUCACGGCGGCGAUCAUAAUAAUAAAAUCAGAGGGGGAAAAAAAUCACAUUAUGACUUUUCGUGGAAAGAAGGGAGCAGGCAGCGGCCGCCAGCAGCACGCCUACUCCGACACAAAGAGCCUCGGCGAUUCCCCUAGACUGAUUUAUGACGUUUUACAGCCCUAUAAAAGCUGCAGCGACGAGGCAAACGCUCCUACCACCGCUGGCAGAUUUAGUCUAAUAAAUAAAACAUAAACAGUUAACUUUAUGUGUCACUUUUAUUGUUAUCAAGUAAAAUAUAGCUGGGCCCGGCAAGCUAUGAUUUUAAACUAUAAUUGUUAUCAAGUACAACAAGGGGAUCCGGCUCCCUCCCUUCCUCUCUCCUCUCCUCUUCCCUCCCCUGUCCCCCGGCACUCUCCCCCCCCAACCAAACUAUGACUUAUCCAGGGGCAGUUAAUUGGAAUCGAUGUCCUGAAGUGGCUUCUUCAGCUCUGAGGGUGUGUUGUAUUGGGCCUUAUAUUUCCCCCACCUUGGUGAGGUUUCCACUUAUCUCUCCUUUCCUCCUUCUGAAAGCCAUCAGGGUAGUCUAAUUUGGGGGGAAUGGGGGAUGGAUAAGGACAUCAGUAGGAAUCUACUCAGGUCCUUAUCCCAUCUCCCAAAACCCCUCUCCUUUCUCUCUUCCACCUUAUCCCCUCCCCACCUCCCCAUAGGCCCAGCUGAGUCAGAACCUAGUCUUGGAAGAACAGAAUCUUCACCUUUCCCUGUUUUCCAAUGCACACUCGCCAAAGGACCCCACUUCUAUACUCCCCCCCCACAAAAAAAAUACCCUCUGGCUCCUUGGAGGUCUGGGGGAAGUUUUGCACUUAAGAUUCAGCCUUAAGCCAAGGGUGUUCUGGGAUGCAUGUUUACACACAUGUACCAUAGAUAGUGCCUCACACCUAACAGGUAUAUACAUAAAAUUACACAUGCAAUGGGCACCGGCAAGCAUUCUAUCGCACCAAAAUUUACUCAUCUCUACUUAUAGAGAUAUCCUACAUCUACUUGUGUAAUAGCUAUAGACAUAGGUCAUCUGUAGAAAUAUGGUCAAUAUUGAUAGAGUUCUGUAAAUGUUAUCAGUUUUUUUUCCUUCCAAAAUCCCAGAUGCAGUCCUUUUAGAUGAUUUUCAAGAGUUGGAAAGCCAAGGUAGGUAGGACAUUGGAAAAGUCCCAACACUGAAAAUGUAAAGGUGAAGCUCUGGUUCUGGGGGGAGAAGCUGUGAGAAUGGGGAAUCGAAGAGGAAGAGUUCUGAAUUCUGCCUUUUUCCAAAGACAUAGCAUCUCUCUCCAACCAAGUUAAGGGCAUCCAGACCUUCAGGCAUGACAAUCAUUUGCAUACAGCCAGCUCUACCUGCCAGGUUGCUUGGCGUGAUUGGCCGGCGCAGUCACAUGGUGAAAGUAACUUUACAGGGUCGCUAGCUAGUAGGAGGGCUUUAUGGAGCAGAAAAACGACAAAGCGAGAAAAAUUAUUUUCCACUCCAGAAAUUAAUGAUCAUGAGCUCCUAUUUGAUGGACUCUAACUACAUCGAUCCGAAAUUUCCUCCAUGCGAGGAAUAUUCGCAAAAUAGCUACAUCCCUGAGCAUAGUCCGGAAUAUUACGGCCGGACCAGGGAAUCAGGAUUUCAGCAUCACCAUCAAGAGCUGUACCCACCACCACCUCCACGGUCUAGCUAUCCCGAGCGCCAAUAUAGCUGUACCAGUCUCCAGGGACCGGGCAAUCCGAGAGGCCACGGGCCGGCUCAGGCGGGGCACCAUCACCCCGAGAAAUCGCAGCCGCUCUGCGAGCCAGCUCCUCUCUCCGGCUCCUCCACUUCCCCCUCCCCAGCCCCGCCAGCCUGCAGCCAGCCAGCCCCAGAUCAUCCCUCCAGCGCCGCAUCCAAGCAGCCCAUAGUGUAUCCAUGGAUGAAAAAAAUCCACGUUAGCACGGUGAACCCCAAUUAUAAUGGAGGGGAACCCAAGCGUUCGAGGACAGCCUACACCCGCCAGCAGGUCCUGGAAUUAGAAAAAGAGUUUCAUUACAACCGCUACCUGACCCGGAGGAGAAGGAUCGAGAUCGCCCACUCGCUGUGUCUCUCCGAGCGGCAGAUCAAAAUUUGGUUCCAAAACCGUCGCAUGAAAUGGAAGAAGGACCACCGACUCCCCAACACCAAAGUCAGAUCCGCCCCACCAGCCGGAGCGGCGCCCAGCGCCCUGCCCGCAACCACCCCCGGCCCUACUGAAGACCAUUCCCAAAGCUCAACACCACAGGAGCAGCGAGCAGAGGACAUUACCAGAAACAACAGAUACAUGGAAACAAGCCCCCCCUCUCCCCUUCUCUCCGUUCCACUGUUAAGGACCCUUUUAAGCAUGUGAUGUUGUCUUAGCAUGGUACCUGCGGGGCUUUUUUUAGGCCAUUUGGGGGUUUUAUUUAUUUUUUAAGAAAAAAAAAGCAGUAAAAAAAAAUAUAUAUAUAUAUAUAUAUUGCAAGGUGCGAUGGUCCAGUUCUGGUUAAUUUUCAGGGGGAAAGAGGGAAGAAAAAGGAAAGAGACGUUUUUAGGCCAAUUCUUCUGUUUCUUCUUUUCCUUUUUUCCCCCUUAGGCCUUUUGCAUUGAAAAAUGCAUCAGGGGAGGUGAGGGAGGGGGAAGUCAUUUUAAGGAGAACAAAGCUAUGAAGUUCUUUUGUAUCAUUGUUUGGGGGGGUGGGAGGAGAAGGGGGGGGAAAGGCAGCAGACAAAGCUAAAUGCAUCUCGGGAGCCUCUCCUAGCUGUUCAGUUUGAGGAGCCAAAAGAAUAUAAAAAAGAACUUUGAGUUCUGAGACGGAAACUCCAGACUUUAGGUAGAUUUUUCACCCCCCUUGUGAUCAUUGUGGUUUUUGGACUGAAUUUACUUGGUUAUUGUAAAACUUGCAAUAAAGAAUUUUAGUGUUGAUGUGAAGUGCCCCGUGAUCAAUAAUAAACCAGUGAAUGUGAAUUAGUUUUA